UGCAGACACGUAGGUGUUUAAAUGCAGUGCUGCUUUAAGAUGCAUAUGUUUUCAUAAUACCUCAAUCUAUGAUGAAUUUACCCUGCGGCUGGAAAAUACUUCUUCUUAGCUUGUGGAUUCAGGUGGGCUUUGUGUCUGGGAUACAUCAGGAUGGGACUGUCAGUCAUCUGUCAAAGGACGAUGUUUUGCUUUUAAAAGAUGAGCAGGAUCCUAAAUGUUUCACCCGGACAGAGAGGGAUUUCACCUGCUUCUUUGAGACAGCAGACAAUAACAGGACUUAUGAUUUCUUCUACCACAUUGAAGGAAGGAAAAGAUGUGAAAUGUCUGUCCAGAAAACAGAAGAAGGGUCUUUCCUCCACAUCUGCUCCUUCCCUUCCUCUGAUAUUUACUCUUUUACGGACACACACCUUGAAGUUGUGGAGCGCAACACGAACACCAGCCUUCACAAACGGGACGUCUCUGUGGAGGACCACUUCCUUCUGGAUCCACCAUUAAACGUGUCUCUACAUCAAAAUGGCAAACCUGGACAGCUGCAGGUUUCAUGGCACUCCUUGGUCCCAGAAUACUUUAAAGAUCAAGCGAUGUAUGGGAUUAAGUACUUCUCUAAAGGAAUAGGAGAGAAGAUGAUGGAAAAGGCAGAAGAGGGGCACUUACUCGAUCAGCUGAUCCCUGGAGAGGAGGUCCAGGUGCAGGUCAGAGAGAAGUGUGCCUUUAGUCAAGAUGUGGGACACUGGAGCAGCUGGUCUCAGCCUGUGCGAGCUCUGGUCCCUCAAAGUGCAGAGGACAUUUCACUGAUCUGCUUUACCGCUGAUCUUGAUAGCAUCAUCUGUCAGUGGAAUGGGAGCCGAUAUGGUGAUCAGAAUGGGUACAAACUUUCAUACCAGAUGAGUCUCAGAAAAGGUUCGGGCUGGACAGCGUGGACAGAGUGUCUUGCUGACUUGGGUUUGAUUGAUCAGUGCCGUUUCUAUAGUGACAAGUCCAGAGUAGUCAGAGUGAAGCUCAUCAGCACUGCAGCUCCUCUCAGCAGAACUUUUUAUACUGAAGAGUUCAUCCUCCAAAAAAGCGUCAAAACAUCCCCGCCAACUCACCUGAAAGCAUCAUUGGAGAGAGGGAAGUUGUGUUUGACAUGGGAGGCUCCUCUUCGCUCUCUGUCGACUCAUCUGCAGUACGAAGUCAGCUACCAGACCAGAGAGAGCGAAGACUGGAUGACGAGACUCCUGAAGGGUCCGGAGACCAGCACAUGUCUGGAUGUUCCUACAGGGAGACCGUUCCGUGUAAAGCUCAGAGCUAAACCUAACAGGUCUGUGUACUCCGGCCACUGGAGCGACUGGUCAGAGGUGCUGAUUGGUGACGUGCCUGCUGACAGAGGACUGUUGCUGAUGCUGUGCGUCCCUGUGUCCCUGCUGAUCACUGCCAUCAUCCUUAUCGUGUUAUUUUACACGUACCACAGGAAGCUGAAGCAGUAUUUUUGGCCACCGGUGCCCAACCUUGACAAAAUCCUGCAGGGCUAUUUGACAGAGAUCAACACGCAGAAAUGGGAUCCUCCGGUAACUGCAAAGCAGUGCUCUGAUGAAGCCACUUCUUCACUGGUGGAGAUCAUGUCUGCAGAGGAGGUUUCAGGAUUGGAGAAGCAGUCAAAAGAAUCAAUCCAGCUGGUCAGCAACCUCUCCAGCAGCAAACAAACAUACGAAAAACUCCGGCGUGAAUUGUUCCCGGAUUAUGUGACUCUGAACAAAGACAGUGUCAUCCUCUGUCCAAAGGGAAACAAAUAUGUCCACGAGCAGGUCGUAAAGAAAGAAAGGCUGGUGAUGGAGAAAGAGCUCUUCCAGACAUGUCAGUCUCCCUGCAGUGAUUCAGUCAAUAUCCCAGCAUGUGACGGCACCAGCUUUCUGAACCAUUCAUACUUAACUCUAGCUGAGGCGGCAGAGAGAUUGGACAGCAAGGUUCCUGCUGUGAGGGCUCCAGGCAACAUCUAUACCAAUCUCUCCUGUAGCUAAAUGUGCAUGUGUGCUGUGUUUUCCCUGGUGCAGAUUAGUUGUAUAUUCAAUGCACAUGAAAUAAGAACUUGUUGUAAAUAAGAGAAAUGUAAAAUUCAUAUUUACUGAAUCAGCUCUCUGUGGAAAAUAAAAAUGCACGUUGUUUUUAA